UUAGCAAACAAAACAUCAAAGAAGUAAAGUGCAGAAACGCGGGUUAUGGACAAAUACUUAAUUAAAAUGCCUAUUAAAUCAAAAACCAAUGAUGUGUCCAACCAGGAGAAAGUGGUCGUGAAAAAGGAGACUCCCAAAAUGUCAGCCAAACAAAUGAAAAAAGAUACUCCAAAAGUGUUGAAGGACAAGGAAAAUACAGGGGAGGAGAAUACCCCAAAGCAAACAAAAGCAGGAAGACCUGGUAGACCGGCUACCAAGCGAAAAAAUUUAGAUACACCAGAAGUGAAAGAUGAGAAGGUUGAGGCUGAUAGUGAGAAUCCUCCGAAGCGCAGGAGUUCUCGAACCACAAGAAGCACGCGUUCCAUGGCAGAAGAUGGACCUCCAUCCCCAGAAAAGGAAAAGCCCGAGAAGCUACCAUUUAUCAAGUACAAAGGGGAUAUCAAGUAUUUUACGGAGAGCCAGGAUAUAGCAGCCUCUGCCGACGAUGUUUUACAAUGGGUAGAGAAGCAGAAGGACGAGGUUGUACCGAUGGCCUUUGACAUGGAGUGGCCCUUCUCCUUUCAAACCGGUCCUGGCAAGUCCGCCGUCAUUCAGAUAUGUGUGGACGAGAAGUGCUGCUAUAUCUACCAGCUGACUAAUCUUAAGAAGCUACCGGCGGUCCUGGUGGCCCUUAUAAAUCAUCCUAAAGUGCGUCUGCAUGGUGUGAACAUUAAGAACGAUUUCCGCAAGUUGGCGCGUGACUUCCCCGAAGUUUCCGCUGAACCCCUGAUUGAAAAGUGUGUAGACUUGGGUCCGUGGUGCAAUGAGGUCUGUGAGACUGGCGGUCGUUGGAGCUUAGAACGUUUAACCAAUUUUAUAGCCAAGAAGGCCAUGGACAAGAGCAAGAAGGUGCGCAUGAGCAAGUGGCAUGUCAUUCCGCUGGACGAGAAUCAACUGAUGUACGCUGCCAUCGAUGUCUAUAUUGGUCAGGUAAUCUAUCGGGAAUUGGAGCGGCGCGAGAAGGUAAAGCUCAAAAAUGAAGAAGAGUUCAAGGAUCAGAAUGGAGAUGCUGCCUUUAAAGCUGUAAAAGCAUUAGGAGAGACUUUUCUGACCAAAAUUAACGAGGUGACCCUGUGAGCUGUUUUAUACACAAGACUGUUAACAUAUAUGUUGGAUUCUUAGGGGUUUUUCCCAGUUUAAUAUUUUUUCAUUUUUACAAUCUCAAAUUUUUAACUAGCAUUAGUUAAUGCAUUUAAUUUAAAAAUUUUACAUGAAAAGUUAUUAAUGUUUUGCAAUUUGAAUAAAGACUUAGGUACCUAAUAAUUAUAGAUUUUCUUUUAGAUCGCUCUUUCAACAUUUCAACUAUUAAUUAUUUUACACCUUUGAUUAUAAAUCGAGCUUAUAUUUGAGUUUCCCAGAAUUAUAUAAGGAUUACAGAUUUGUACACUUCUCAACUUGCAAUAAAUUUUAAUUUUGUAAA